AUGUCACAAGAUCCAUCGGCCGCUCUCAGCUCAUUGCUGCGUAGUGCGUCGAUUGAAGACCACGAGGAGGUCCUCAAGGCCGCCAGCCUCGCAAUCAAGGCCGACAAGAGCGACAUUCUCGCCCGCCAGAUCAAACUUGUAGCUCUGCUCAAGCUCGACCGAUUCGACGAUGCGGCGCGGUUCCUUUCCGAGAGCAGCUCCAAGCUCGAGUCAAAGUGCAGUCUAGAAAAGGCAUAUGCCCUUUACAAAUCGGGACAGCUGGAAGAAGCUACGUCGACGCUGAAAAAGGCUGGUCUGCGCGAGCGGGGCUUGCAGCAUAUCGCCGCCCAAGUUGCCUACAGGGCCGAACGAUUUAGCGAAGCAGGCCAAAUCUACGAAGAACUGCUAGAGGGUAAUGCGGGCGCGGAAGAAAGCGACCUAAACAUCAACCUCAAGGCCGUACAUGCGCAAGCGGAGUGGAGUGGCUUGUCUGCGCCAUCCGAGCCACUUCGGAGUAUGCCAGACUCCUUCGAGCUCUGCUACAACAUUGCAUGUGGCAACAUUGCGAGGGGAGAGCUUGGUGAGGCUACCAAGCUUCUUCGACGGGCAGCCACGCUGUGCAAGGCUUCCGACGACUUGGGAGAGGAGGAUAAGGAGGCAGAGCUUCGACCCAUUUGGCUCCAGCAGGCGUAUGUUUAUGCUCGGGAGGGAAAGCUAAAAGAAGCGCUUGAUCUGUACAACUCGAUAGGAUCACUAAGGUAUGACCAUUGGCUACUUGCCUUAUUUCUAUAUUCGGCUGUUGACUCUGCAUCUAGCGACGACGACGAAGACUUCGUCAUUGUUGCCCGACAGAAUCGCCUCUCUCUUGAAGCGAAGCCAACGAACCCAUACCUUCUUCACAGGCAAACUACUGUGGGAGGUGUCAAGGUGAAAAAUGCCAAGCUUUUCAGCUACCAGUCAAGCCGCGAGCGCCAAAAUUCAUAUCUGCUGGCCUUGGAUGUGCAUAAAUCAAGUGGCGUUCAGGAAAAGUCACACAAUUUCCUUCAACAGUCAGAACAGCCUACCAAAAGUGCUAGUGUCAAUGCCAUGGCAGUCGUGAAUGCGGCCGCUGUGGCCGAUGGACUCGACGACCGAGCCGCCGUCCGAAAGUUACAGGCUCUCGCAGUGCGGCGGCCUUUGGACGUGGGCCUUCUCCUAACCAUCGUCCAGCUUCAGCUCCGUCUCAACCGCAAGGGAGCAGCGCUGUCUCUUCUCCAAUCUUUUUUUACUCGACUAGAGAAGGAAGACACUGACGCUUCGAGAGAUGUCCGCUUCAGCCCUGGCCUGGUUGCACUGGCUGUAUCUCUGAUGCGCGCGCAGGGUCACGAGAACUCUGCCAAGGCCGAGUUUGUCACCGCCGCGAAGCACUGGACAAGGCGCCCCACAGCAUCUUCAGACUCCCUGUUGAGGGAAUCCGGCAUCGAGCUCAUGCGCUCCUCGAACCCCGAAGACUUGAAGCUGGCAGGGUCAGCCUUUGAGAAGCUUUUUGCAGAACACAAGGGUUCUCACAUUGCUUCUGCUGGCCUCGUCGCCUCGCUUGCCGCUGUGGAUACGGACAAGACCAGCCGGCACAUGUCUGAACUCCCACCUGUGGGGUCUCUCGUCAAAGGAAUCAACGUGAAGGGCCUACUUGAAGCGGGCGUAGCGGCUGCCCCGAGCCGGCCCAACUUGAAGAAGCGUGCGGCCGCCGAUGCCACUGAAAAGGCGACCACGAAGCGCCGCCGCCGCCGGCUGCCAAAGGAUUACGAAGAGGGCAAUGCCCUCGACCCAGAGCGGUGGCUGCCUCUGCGAGACCGUUCCACCUACCGGCCAAAGAACAAAAAGGGCAAGAAGAAGGUCGCCGAGUCGACGCAGGGGGGGGUUGUCAAGGAGGAGGAAACACUCGGCCUUGUUGGCGGCGGCGGCGUCAAGGUGGAAAAGUCUGGUGGCGGUGGAGGCGGCGCCGGCGUGGCCAAGAAGAAGAAGAAGGGCAAGAAAUAG